AUGGUUUGCCGUCCAAUAAUUUGCCUCGACGGGUGCUUCAUCAAGACACCUUAUGGAGGUCAGCUUCUCACUGCUAUUGGCUGGGACUUGAACGACCAGAUGUUGCCAAUAGCCUAUGCAGUGGGAUUGGUUCCAACCUUUGAUGAGCUGAUUCCCGGAGUGGAUCAUAGAUUUUGUGUUAGACAUCUUUAUAGCAAUUUCAGGAAGAGAUUCCCAGGGCUGCAACUAAAACUGAUGAUGUGGAAUGCUGCAAAGGCUACUUAUUUACAAGAGUGGGAGAGGAGAAUGGCUGAGAUACAGAGUCUUGAUAAUGGAGCCUACAACCACCUGAUGGAGAUACCAACCAAAUAUUGGUGCCGCCACAAGUUUGGGGCCUGGUCUAAGUGUGACACCUUGGUAAACAAUAUGUGUGAGGUCUUUAACUCUGUAAUUGUGGAUGCCAGAGAGAAGUCAAUAGUCAGCAUGCUUGAAGACAUCAGAGUAUACAUAAUGAGGCGUUGGGCUGAUAAUAGGGAUCGUAUAAUUGAAUACCCAAGAGAAGUAUUGCCCCGUAUCAGGAUUAAGGUUGAGAAACAAGCUGAUGCAAGUGGUAAGUGGGUGAGCACGUAUGCUGGUCAUGAUAAAUAUGAGGUAACAAGUAUCCAUGGAGGCAAAGAGAAGUUCGUUGUUGAUUUGAAGAAUCAUGAGUGUUCUUGCAGGAAGUUUCAACUCUCCGGGAUCCCCUGUGCUCAUGCAAUGACCUGCAUCAGGAAGAUGUGCUUCAACGUUGACAACUUUGUUGCAAACUGUUACAAGAAAUCAACCUACACUGACUGCUACCAACAUGUGGUAUAUCCCUUGAAUGGACCCAACCUGUGGGAGAAGACACCCUUUGAUGACGUUUUGCCACCAGUUUACAGGAAACCCAUUGGAAGGCCUAAAGUAAAACGUAAUAAAGCUACAGAUGAGAACCCAACUCGGGGAGGAGUUUCUCGCGAAGGGCAGAAUCAAAAGUGCUCCUAUUGUUUUGCUAGAGGUCACAACAAACGGACCUAUCCAAAGAAGCGCAAAGUAGCUGCAACUGCAUCGGCAAAUAAAGUAGCUGGAUCCACAAGAAGGGCUUCCAGAUUCAAGUCUAGCACCAGCACUAGCACUAUCUCAAGCACUAUCUCCAGCCAGGGCUCUAAGCCAUCCCAAGCUGCUGCAAAGAAGACCACAGUCACCCGGCCAAAGAGAAAAUCUGCUGCUACUGAUGUGAGUUCACAACACUCUCAAGCUACUUCAAAAAAGCCUAAGCUGACUCCAUCCACCACAAAUCUGAGGGUGCUGCCAAGCCCAUCGAAGAACAUCACCCAAUCCCAACUGAAGUUCAUGGCUAGGACACCUCCCAAAGCAUGGAAAAGGAUGUGA